AUUUCAUAAGCCUGUAGCAGCGCUGCAGUUUGAGGAACCACGUGGCUUACCAAUUUUGGUCUCAGGUAUUGGGUGCUCACUGUUGUUGUACUUACCCGCCCAGCACGGCCUCCAGUUGCGCAGCAAUGAAGUUCACAAAACCUGCCUGGGUUAUGCACAAGGAUAGUUCCAAAACUGACCACGACACGAAGCGUCUCUCCAUAUUUUCCGUUCAUGUUCAUCCUGAUGGUUCUCGCAUAGCGACGGGAGGGUUAGACGCCAAAAUUCGUAUUUGGAGCACGAAACCUAUUCUUAACCAUGCAUCCGAAAUGUGCAAUCGACCACCAAAGUCUUUGUGCACACUGAGUAUGCAUACAGGUCCCGUAUUGACGAUUAGGUGGGCACAUUCUGGGAGAUGGCUUGCAAGUGGGAGCGACGACGAGAUUGUGAUGAUAUGGGACCUUGAUCCAUCGGGUAGGAGUAAGGUCUUUGGUUCCAAUGAAGUCAAUGUAGAAGGAUGGAAACCAAUGAAGCGACUUCCAGGCCACGAAAGCGACGUUACCGAUCUGGCGUGGGCGCCAGAGGAUCGUUACCUCGCCUCAGUUGGCCUUGAUUCCGUCGUUCUAGUCUGGUGUGGAUAUACCCUGGAACGUCUUAGAAAGCUGGAUCAACAUCAAGGAUUUGUCAAAGGUGUUUGUUGGGAUCCUGUAGGCGAAUUCAUGGCCACUCAGUCUGACGACAAGUCCGUGAAAAUUUGGAGAACAACCGAUUGGCAACUCGAGGCAGAAAUCAGAAAACCCUUCGAGGACUCUCCUGGCAGCACGUUUUUCCGCCGUCUUAGUUGGUCGCCUGAUGGUGCUCACAUCACUGCUUCGAAUGCAACGAACAACAAAGGCUUCGUUUUCAUUGCCGCAGUCAUAACUCGGGGCACAUGGACUUCUGAGAUCAGUCUAGUUGGUCAUGAGAACACAGUAGAGGUUGCGGCCUAUAAUCCCCAUAUUUUUCUGCGAAAUCCCGCAUCACCUAUAGCUACAUCUAAUAUAUGCUCUGUAGUUGCUCUUGGCGCGGAUGACAGAUCCAUUUCCAUCUGGCAGACAAAAUCUGCACGACCUCUCAUCGUCGCACGUGAAGUUUUUGAACGACAGAUCAUGGAUCUCAGCUGGUCCUGGGAUGGCCUGACUCUCUAUGCCACAUCUUCGGACGGAACGAUAGCCCAAUAUCUACACAAGUUUGGCUUUGUACCGCCACCAAUUCCAGAAGGAUUUUCGCACGGCACUUCCAUCCAUAGUACAAAUGCUGCUUCUGCAUCGAGGAUCACGCCGCCACCCUCCCCAAAUCGUGCCCAAUCGCAAUCGCAAUCGCAAUCGCAAUCCGGUUUUGGUACAUCGAAUGGGAUUAAUGGUGCCGAGCACAUCAACAAGCUCGUUGCAAAGAAGAGCAAUAAGAAGAGAGUUCAACCCGUGCUUAUGUCGUCUGUGCCUUCUGCAUCGACGUCACGCUCAGCCCUAGUAUCGACUUCCGCGUUGCCGCCUUCAGCAAGUGGCCUCGGACCGCGUGCAUUCCAAGUGCCAGAGAUCCCCCGAUCGCGCCAGGCAUCGCACUCUGCAUCACCCGUGCCAAGCCCACGAACUUAUGACGCUGAUAUUGAGAUGGGAGGACCAAUGGAUAUGGAUGUUCCCAUCGAUGCACUUGAUACAAGUAUGUCAAGCGCAAACAAGGGCAAGCGGAAAGCAUCGGUCCUUGACACGCCCGAGGACCGGCCGUCUAAGCCCCGUACCCUUGGUGGCGAUCGACCAAGGGAAACAGUUGCAGUGCGAGAAAUCACAUCAACGAGUUUGGUCUCGACACGCCCGCAACUAUUCGAGGGUGCAAAUCUGCUGCCUGUCCCUCCACUGUUGACAUUCUUAAGUGCCAAUGUGGAGGGAAGUGACUUUGUCUUCGAGGCCCGAAAUUCGGAAGGAGAUGGGGCCACGGAAGUAACGUUUGCUGAUGGAAAGCAAACACUAUGGCUGGACUAUCUACCAUCUCCUGUGCUCGCGUUGACCGCGUCCACAACAUUUUGUGGGGCUGCCACGCAAGACGGUUCUGUCAAUGUGUAUUCACACACAGGUCGAAGAUUGAUGGCGACUUUAAGCUUUGGGUCACCGUGCGCGAUGAUGCACGGCUGCAAGCUGGCAUUAAUGAUACUCACAGCUUCUGGUCAGCUAAGCUCGAUAAACGUGAAGAAUGUUGCAUCUUUCUUUCCACCUACAUCCGUUGCACCUCUCCUCUCCUCUUCGCCGAAUUGCACGAUAUUGUCUGCCACUGUUCGACAUAACGGCGCACCAAUGAUUCAUUGCUCUUCCGGUAUCGCGUAUACUUACGAUACUCAGCUUUUCUCCUGGACAAAACUAAGUGAGCGCUGGUGGGCAGAGGGCUCGGAUGUAUGGCAAGGUCGUCAACGAGCGAACAAAGACAAAGACGUUGUAGCCUCCAUUGAGGGUGCAAUCGGCAGCACGAGUAUCCCAGUGCCUCACAAAGAGCGCCCCACAUGGUGGAACACGGCGCUCACACUCGGUCAUCUGGAGAGCAAGUUGCACGCGGCCAAAGCGCUUGAUAGCGCUCUUGAAUAUAAGCAAGCACUUCUGAUUUAUGCAAGGAAACUAGCAGAUGAGGGCUUCAGGGCGAAGGCAGAGGAGCUCAUCAAGGAGCUUUUCGGCCCUAUAUUUUGGCGACCUGGUGGAAGGGACGACUCUUGGACCCCUGUCGUGGCAGGUAUGGCCAAGCGCGAUCUUUUGCGCGAAGUAUUAUCAGUCUUUGCUCGGAGCAAGACCCUUACCAAGUUAGCAUUGGACUGGCAAGACACUCUCAAAAAAGCAUCGAAUGAUGAUCAGCUAUGACGAUGCUAGUAAAAUAGAUAGAAACUUUUUGGCUUUGGUUGUAAUUCAGCUUUGCCGCUGGAUGGACUGUUUAUUUAAUUAACAUGUGCAUUGUAGCUGGACGCUUCACUAGAGAGUAUACAGUAUUUUAUUUCACGAGGAUCUUUGGCUCUGCGUCUCUCACCAGACAUUACAUAAAUUAUUUGUAGGGCCUCUCAAUUUCAAAUGCUCCACAAGCUGAGGAGUCGUUCCUGCCCCUGAAAUCACCA